AUGAGACGCUCUUUAGUAUCUAUGGCUUUGGCCUUGUCCAGCCUCCUUCAGCUCCAAUCGACGGAGGCUUUCCUGAAUUGUGGAAUUUGCAACUUUCGCUUCAGCUUCGCAAGGUCUUCUUCCACUUACCGGGUCCAUCCUUUCAAAAGCACAAUGUUGAGGAUGAAGACAGUAGUACAAGACGGCGAUGUGGUUGGAGUUCGAUACAAGGGUACUUUGGACGAUGGCUCAGUCUUUGAUGAAAAUCCUGAGGGACCUUUGCUGGAGUUUGAAGUGGGCUCAGGGAGGGUAAUAUCAGGAUUUGAUGAAGCUGUCAGAGGCCUAUCUGUCGGAGAGAAGAGGAAGGUUCCGAGGGAACAGAUGCCAACCCCGCCGGAAGGGAACGACAUCGAGCCAGGGCUCAUUCUCCAGCUGUCAAACGGACAGCUUGCUGUUGUGAAGGAAGUUACGGACGAAGUUGUGAUCCUCGAUGGAAAUCAUCCCCUCGCAGGCAAACCUUUGAAUUUUGAAGUCGAGCUCUUUGAAAUCAAGGACAGGGAUGAGGUUUUGAGUGGAAAGAUUCGGGAGAUGUAUGCGAUCUUGAACAACGAGGUGUUUUCCAAUCUUGCAGCCCAAGUCACGGGCAACCCAAGCUACGUGAAGGACAUCAAGGCUAGGAUUGAGAAGUCUGAAGACAAGGCACAGUAG